CUAAAAAACUGUCAUACACCUAACAGUCUCCACACUGAGGAGGAUAAAGCAAGUAAGUUAAGUUUGCGUUUGAAAUGGUUAAUUAUCAAAUUCAUUAAAGCAAUUCGAAAAUGUGCAUUAUUCAGUAGCUUCUCUGCAUGCAUCAUAGACACAAGCAAUUCAAAACAUAUUUUAGUAAAUCGAAAAUGUGCACUAUUCAGUGUGUUGGAGGAUUGGCAGCCAUCCUAAUCUUCUUAUACAUCCACUAUUGGAGACGCAAUAGAGAUGAAUUUGUACCAAUUAAUUGGCCAAUAUUUGGUAUGCUACUGGCGCUUAUGUGUAACCUGUCCAAUUUCCAUGAUCGUGCAACCUUAAUUUUGAAACAUCAUGGAGGAACGUUUAGAUUUGGAGGAGCCUGGUUCACAAACACAAGCUUUAUUGGUACCAGUGAUCCAAUGAAUGUUGAACACAUUGCGAGCAAGAAUUUUGGCAACUACGGAAGGGGGUCCAACUUCAAAGAAAUUUUUGAUUUUUUUGGAGAUGGUAUUUUAAAUUCUAAUUCCCACGUAUGGAAACAACAGAGGACAAUGUUUCAUUCAUUUCUUAAAAGGAAAACCUUCAAGAACUUCUUCCAACAAACUAUGAAGAAAAAGCUGGAGAACUACCUACUACCAUUUCUUAAUGAUGUAUCUGAAAUAGGUGCUCAGGUGGACCUGGAGGAUGCCUUGAGUAGGUUCACUUUUGAUAGCAUCUGCACUAUUGCAUUUGGAUUUGAUCCUAAUUGCCUUCUAAACAAGUUUAAUGAGCUAACAGAAAUUGAUUAUCAAAAAUCUCUUGCUGUGAUAGAUGAGGUGAUAUUGUACCGGCACUUCAUUCCAAGUUAUCUUUGGAAGCUGCAAAAAUGGCUCCAUGUUCGUCAAGAAAAGAAGUUAAGGGAAGCCGAAGAAAAUCUUGACCGUUUCUUGUAUGAAGGUAUAACAUUUUCCAAACAAGAGCAAAGCAAGUGCAGCAGCAGUGAAUAAAUUGAUGACUUUGUAAAAGCACUGAUGAAGGAAGAAUAUGGAACAAGGGGAAUGGAUGAGAAGUAUCUUAGAGACAAUGCACUCUCUCUCUUUUUAGCAGGAAAUGGCACAGUUACUUCAGGUCUCAGUUGGUUUUUCUGGCUUGUUUCAACUCAUCCUAUUGUGGAAGCCAAAAUUAUUCAAGAAAUAAAAGAUAACUGGCCCACACAAGAGGAGAAUCAGACUCCUUGGAGAGAUGUGGAUCUUGAUAAUCUAGUGUACCUUCAUGGAGCUAUAUGUGAAACCUUGAGGCUUUAUCCUCCUGUACCUUUUGAGCAUAUAUGUGCAAUCAAAUCCGAUAUACUACCUAGUGGAGAGCGUGUUAGUCCAAAUACAAGGUUAUUGUACUCUUUGUACGCUAUGGGAAGGAUGGAACAAAUAUGGGGAGAAGACUGCAUGGAAUUUAAGCCUGAGAGAUGGGUAUCAGAGACAGGACACAUUAUACAUGUUCCAUCUUACAAGUUCAUAGCUUUCAAUACAGGUCCGAGAAGUUGUUUGGGUAAAGAUCUUAGUUUCAUUCAAAUGAAGAUGGUCGCAGCUGCUUUGUUACAGAAGUUUCACAUACAGGUGGUGGAAGGUCACCCUGUAACCCCAAAGCUUUCAUUUGUUCUUCACAUGAAACAUGGCUUCAAGGUUAAAGUCACUAAAAGAUGCAUUUGACUGAAGUCUCUCCGAGCGAUUGCUGACAUAUAUUUUCUCCUAUAACCUAUUAGUCAUUGUUGUUCUUUGUCAAACAUUGUUAUGUUAUUCUCUAUUUUAGAUAUUAUUUGUCAAUGUAAUAAUAAACUGCUUUAAGUUGAA